CCUUUCCCCGACCCCUCUCUCUCCCUACCCUUUUGCCCCUGCGAACUCCACCCCUCUCCGACACACACACUCUCUCUCUCCUCUCUCUCUCUCUCUCCUCUCCUCUCUCUCUCUCUCUCUCUCUCUUACCCUUCUCCUCCCAAAUCUCUCCCUCUCUCUCUCUCUCUCCUACCCCUCGUUCAAACCCCCUCCCCUUCGCGCCCAAUUCCCGCCAAGUACCCCGACCCCUCGAUUUGUUCUCUUCGAACCCUAGCUUCGCCCUUGUGGAUUCCGACCUUGUUGCGCCUUUGCUUUCUAAAUUCCUUUCUGGGUUUUGUUCCUCCGCCUGUGUCCUCCGUUUCCCCUCGAUGAAGCUCGGGUUUUGAUCGGGAUUAGUUAGUUACAGAUCCUGAGUGCUACUGUGUAAAUUGGAUAUGAGGUUCUGAGCUGAGAAGUGUUAUUCCAAGCUAGUGGUUUUUAAGGUUUUGGUCCUCAGUCCAUGUUCUUCAUUUCUCCUCAAUAAAGCUCGGAUUUUGAUCAAGAUUAGAUCCUUAAUGCUACUUCAUAGAUUUAAAUAAUUUGAAGAGGUUCUGAUGUGAGAAGGAUUAUGGCAAACAAAUACCUUUGUAGGUUUUGUUCCUCAGUCUCCGUUCUCCAUUUCCCUUCGAUAAAGCUCGGAUUUUGAUCGAAGUUUCUUUCAUUUGCCAUUGUCUGAGAUUCUUAAUGCUACUGCAUAAAUUGGGAUAUUUGAAUAGGUUCUGAGCUGAGAAGGAUUAUUCCAGGGUAAUUCCGUUAGGGGUUUUGUUGCUUGGCCUCUGUUUGUUGUUUUCUCCUCAGUAAAGCUCGGAUUUUGAUUAAUAUCAGAUUCUAAAUGCUUUAGCGGAAAUUGGUAUAUUUGAAGAGUUUUUGAGCUCAGAAGGAUUAUUCCAUGCUUAUUCCUUUAUGGGUUUUGUUCCUUGAUCUCUAUUCUUCGAUUCCCCUCUUGAUCCUCUCUUCUUUGAAACCCCCAAGAAAUAAUGGAUCUUGACCGAAUCGUGGAAAGCGGUUGUUUCCUUGGCAUCAUCAAUUGAGAUUCUAAAUGCUUCUGUGGAUAUUGAGAUAUUUGAAGAGUUUCUGAACGAGAAGGAUUUUUUCUUGCGAUCUAUUAUGGCGAAUCAUGAUUUGGUUCUUGGACAAAAUCCCGACUUGGCCCUGGGCCAAAACCACCAUGAUUUGGUCAUAUCCCAGGUCCACGGGGUGGGCCUCGGCCUAGGCCAUGCCCACGACCAUGACCUGGGCCUAGGCCAGGCCCACGACCAUGACCUCGGCCUUGGCCCCCACCACCACAACACCAGUCGCCUCGUCCUGGGCCACCACCAACACCACCACCCCCAUGAUCACGAUCCCCACCACCAUCGACAGAGCCACGACUCUGAUUCCGACGCGCUUGCUGUCCAAAACCACGAACUCGGUCUGUCUGAUAACCAUGAGUUGACACUUGCUGAGACCCAUGAAUUGAGCCUUGCGGAAACCCACGAAUUGGGUGUUGAUCAAGCCCACGAGCUUGCCCUCCAGCCAUCCCACGAGAUGGUCCAGUCCGAAAUGGUACUCGCUUCGGUUCUUCAGACGCGGAGGCAUGUUCUGAACCUAGAGCAUCAGCUCACCGUGGGCCAGGAGUUUUCUGAUGUGAAGAGCUGCCGCCGUGCAUUAAGAGAUACGGCCAUCGCUUGCCAUUUUGAAAUACAAACAGUUAAAUCCGAUAAGACACGGUUCACUGCCAAGUGUGCUGCAGAGGGUUGCCCGUGGCGAAUACAUUGUGCAAAGCUUCCUGGUGUGCCAACUUUCACUAUAAGGACGAUACAUGAUAGUCAUACUUGUUCUGGAAUUAACCAUCUAGGGCAUCAGCAGGCAUCAGUUCAGUGGGUCGCAAGUUCGGUUGAGGAACGGCUUCGUGAGAACCCGCAUUGUAAGCCCAAAGAGAUUUUAGAAGAGAUUCAUCGUGUUCAUGGGAUUACUUUGUCGUACAAGCAGGCUUGGAGAGGGAAGGAGAGGAUAAUGGCUGCCGUGCGAGGGUCUUUUGAAGAAGGCUACCGCCUUUUGCCACAGUAUUGUGAGCAAGUGCAGAGGACAAAUCCGGGUAGUAUCUCAUCAGUUUAUGGUAAUCCGGAUGAUAAUUGUUUCUGCCGCUUAUUUAUUUCGUUCUAUGCUUCGAUAUACGGAUUCGUCAAUGCAUGCCGUCCAUUAAUUGGGCUCGAUAGGACUGUUUUGAAGAGCAAGUAUUUGGGUACUUUGCUUCUCGCCACUGGUUUCGAUGGAGAUGGUGCUCUUUUUCCUUUAGCAUUUGGAGUGGUCGAUGAGGAAACUGAUGAAAAUUGGAUUUGGUUCUUAUCUGAGCUUCAUGCUUUGCUAGAAGCUAACACGGAGAACAUGCCGAGGCUCACGAUCUUGUCAAAUAGGCAGAAAGGGAUAGUAGACGGAGUUGAUUUUAACUUCCCGACUGCCUUUCACGGCUUUUGCAUGCAUCACCUAAGUGAAAGUUUCCGAAAAGAGUUCAGCAACACCAUGCUCGUAAAUUUACUAUGGGAAGCCGCUCAUGCUCUCACGGUAAUUGAAUUCGAAGCCAAAAUAUUAGAGAUCGAAGAGCUAUCUCCCGAAGCGGCUUUCUGGAUUAGGCGUAUUCCGCCUCGUCUAUGGGCAACAGCCUAUUUUGAAGGCACACGGUUUGGCCACUUAACCGCGAAUAUAGUGGAAUCGCUGAAUAGCUGGAUACUAGAAGCUUCUGGCCUCCCAAUAAUUCAAAUGAUGGAGUGCAUUCGUCGGCAGUUGAUGACGUGGUUCAAUGAGCGGCGCGAGAGAAGCAUGCAGUGGAGCACGAUUUUAGUUCCCUCUGCUGAACGCCGCGUAUCUGAGGCCAUUGAACGUGCACAGGGAUAUCAAGUGGGGCGAGCGAAUGAAGCUGAAUUCGAAGUAGUAUCUCCUCACGAAGGAACUAAUAUUGUCGACAUCCGAAACCGGUGCUGCUUGUGUCGAGGGUGGCAGCUUUACGGUCUGCCAUGUGCUCACGGGGUAGCAGCUCUACUUUCUUGCCGACAGAAUGUGCAUAGAUACACAGAAAGCUGUUUCACUGUGGCGACUUACAGGAAGACGUAUUCCCAGACUAUACAUCCUAUUCCUGAUAAGAGCCUUUGGAAGGAAAUAUCCGAAACUAGUCAAGGCGGUGAGAAUAAGAUCGACGCUAUAAUAAAUCCGCCCAAGUCAUUAAGACCACCUGGGAGGCCGAGGAAGAAGAGGGUUAGGGCGGAGGACCGCGGCAGGUCUAAGAGGGUAGUGCAUUGUAGCAGGUGUAAUCAGACGGGCCACUUCAGAACUACAUGUGCUGCUCCUAUAUGAUGUUGCCGGGCAUUCCCCCUGUGUAGAAGUUAGGUGUGUCCACUAUAUAAACCUCUUAUAGAUCGGGUUCCGAUUUUUUUUUUUCCCUCCUUUCCUUUGUGUUUUUAGUAGCUUGUUCUUAGUUUUCCUGAUGAUUUAAUAAUUUUGUGUUGUGUGAUAUAUGUUCUUCCGCUCCCAGAUCAUAAGCUGAAACGUUAACUUUGAUGAUGAGUUUGUAUAAUAUUCGUCUACUUCUUAGCUUCUUUAUCAUCUUUAUUA